AUGGAUUUGAACAGCUCAGAGAAGUUGCCUUUGCCGAGCCGUCCACAGCCACCCUUCUGGUACUCUUCCCCUCUCUCGUCCUUCUCCAUGCACCCGAUCCUUUGGAUCAUCUCCAGGAACAACGUUGGCCUGAACAUAAUAGUUGAUGCAGUUAGAUUUGGAAUCACGGGGAGUAGAGCAAAGAAGCAGCUUGAAUUUAUAAUCCAGGUCUUGGAGAACAUUGUAAGCCUGCUGCUUCUAUUUGUGUACUGCGCCAGUAGAUCUCCUGAUGCCGCGGCGUGGAUCAGGCUAGAUCAGCUGCUGGAUGCUAUGUUGACAAACGAGGUAGGCAGGAAGGCGUUCACGUCGCAAGGCUCGGCUCUGUUGAGGGUGGCUGCGUCCGUCUUCACUGAGAUCCAGUCGCUGCAGGAUCUCCGAAGGACAUUUCUCUGUUCCACGAACGUGUCGUUUCACCAUGCACCGACGUUCGGGUUGAUAUGCGGGCUGGUUGGAUUUGACAGUGAGACAACACCCAGGGCUUACAUGUUUGUGACAAUGAGGGAUGUGAUCUCCUUGGCGACGAUGUUCAAUUUGAUCGGACCGCUUGCUGCUUUGGUGCUGCAGCACCAGGUUACGCCAGAUGCUGAGAAGAAGCUGCAGAAGUGGAGGGACCGUGAUGUCUCUGAAGCAUCACAGACUGCGUCGCUGUUUGACACGUUGCAGGGCUGCCAUGGUCUAGGCUGUUUUGCUCCUGACAAUGAGUUUCGCUUCCAUAUAUUUCCGUCUCUCAUGUUGUACAAUGUCUUCAAGCAUACACAACAGAGGGCUCAAAUUCAUGGUACAUGUAUAAUUCAUGCCUUCAUAUUAUUCUGA